AUGGCUCCGAUCAUCCACUGCGUUCGCCACGCUCAGGGCGUUCACAACCUCUCCACCGCCAACCAUGUCAUCCACGACCCCCUUCUCACAGAGCUCGGCCACGAGCAAUGCGCCAAGUUGCGCGAGAGCUUUCCCAGGCACGCUGAGGUCGAUUUGGUGACUGCGUCCCCUCUUCGCCGAACCAUCUACACGGCACUCGAGAGCUUUGGUCCCAUCUUCGACGCACAUCCCGAUAUGAAGCUGAUUGCUCUGCCCGAUGUGCAAGAGACCUCCGACGUACCGUGCGACACCGGCAGCGAUCCCCAGGUUCUGCGCGACGAAUUUGCGGGGAAACCGGUUGACCUAGAGAUGGUCUAUGAGGGCUGGAACAACAAAGCCGGUCGCUUUGCACCAAAUAACAAGGCCCUCAAGGAGCGGGCCCGUGCUGCUCGUCGCUGGCUGAAGGCCCGUCCGGAGAAGGAGAUUGUCGUCGUCACCCACGGCGGAUACCUGCACUACUUCACUGAGGAUUGGGAGGACAGCAGCCAAUACCAGGGUACCGGCUGGGUCAACACCGAAUACCGCACCUACGCUUUCUCGGAUGAGACCCACGAAAACGAUCUGGAGGGCAACGCUUUGGAUGGCGACAACGCCUCCCUGGUCGAAACCAUCGAAUCCCGGAACCGCCGCGGCAAGGAGGGUCCUACUCCCGACCGCGAGGAGCAAAAGUCGCUGUACCAGAAGGGUACCCAGGGCUGGGAUGACCAAGGCUUGCAGAUGAGCACUGCGGAGCGCGACGCGGCAAAGGUGCCCGAGGGCAUAGAGGUCAAUGGUGUUCGUGUGUAA